AUGGAUUUCCAAGCCGGCAUCCUACAGGAUGGCAGCCCCAUGGAGAGCCUGGAGAAGCAGCUCAUCUGCCCCAUCUGCCUGGAGAUGUUCAGCAAGCCGGUGGUGAUCCUACCCUGCCAGCACAACCUCUGCCGCAAGUGUGCCAACGACGUCUUCCAGGCCUCCAACCCGUACUGGCAGAGCCGGGGCAGCGUCAUUUCGGGGGGCCGGUUCCGGUGCCCGUCGUCCCGCCACGAGGUGCUGCUGGACCGUCACGGUGUCUACGGGCUGCAGAGGAACCUGCUGGUGGAGAACAUCAUCGACAUCUACAAGCAGGAGUGCUCCCGCAGGCCCCUGAAGAAGGGGGAGCACCCCAUGUGCAAGGAGCACGAGGACGAGCGGAUCAACAUCUACUGCGUCACCUGCGAGGUCCCCACCUGCUCCAUGUGCAAAGUCUUCGGUGCCCACAAGGACUGCGAAGUCGCCCCCCUGCAAACCAUCUUCCAGGGCCAGAAGACCGAACUGAACAACUGCAUCUCCAUGCUGGUGGCGGGGAACGACCGGAUCCAGACCAUCAUCUCCCAGCUGGAAGACUCGUGCCGGAGCACCGAGGAGAACAGCGAGGCGGCCAAGCGGGAGCUGUGCGCUCGCUUCGACGCCUUGGCAGCGCUGCUGGAGGAGAAGAAGUCGGAGCUGCUGCAGCGCAUCGCCCAUGAGCAGGGCGACAAGACGGGCUUCGUCCAGGGCCUCAUCCGCCGGUACAAGGAGCAGCUGGAGAAGUCAAGUCGGCUGGUGGAGACGGCCAUCCAGGCCAUGGAGGAGACCGGGGGGGCUGCCUUCCUCAUGAACGCCAAGCAGCUCAUUAAAACGAUUGUGGAAGCCUCCAAGGGUGGCAGGCUGGAGAAGAUCGAGCACGGCUACGAGAGCAUGGACGCCUUCUCAGUGAGCCUGGACCACCUCGCCGAGGCAGUCCGCGCCUUGGACUUCAACCCCGCCGAGGAAGACGAGGAGUACUUUGAUGGGGAGGAAGAAGAAGCAGAGGAGGAUGAGGCGCCCGAGAGGGCAGUGAUGGGCGGGUACUUGGCGCACAGCCUGGCCAUCCUGACGGACGCAGCCCACCUCCUGACGGACUUCGCCAGCAUCAUGAUCAGCCUCUUUGCGCUCUGGGUGUCCUCACGCCCCCCCACCAAAACCAUGAAUUUCGGCUGGCACCGGGCAGAGAUCCUGGGGGCCCUGCUCUCCGUGCUCUCCAUCUGGGUGGUGACGGGCGUCCUGGUCUACCUGGCGGCCCAGCGCCUACUCUCGGCUGACUACAACAUCGAGGGUGGCGUCAUGCUCAUCACCUCUGCCUGCGCCGUGGCCGUCAAUGUCGUGAUGGGGGUGGCUCUGCACCAAACAGGACACGGGCACAGCCACGAGGCAGCCGGUGAGCAGCCCAAUGCCAGCGUCCGCGCCGCCUUCGUCCACGUUGUGGGGGACCUGCUCCAGAGUGUUGGUGUCCUCAUCGCAUCCUACAUCAUCUUCUUUAAGCCUGAGUACAAGUAUGUGGAUCCCAUCUGCACCUUCCUCUUCUCUGCGCUGGUGCUGGGGACGACGCUGACCAUCCUCCGUGACGUCCUCCUCGUCCUCAUGGAGGGCACCCCCAAAGGGAUGGACUUCAACGCCGUGCGGGAGACGCUGCUGGCGCCCGCAUCCCGCAUCCCACUGCCGCUGGCCGGACUCUGCCACUCCACCCACCUUUAUUGCACUGGUAAAACCCAAUAA